GGAAGUGUAAUAGCGGUGUUUGCUUCUAUGAGGUCCAUGAGUUAGCUGUUCUCAUUAAUAGUAUUACACUCUGUAUACUGCGAUUUUACAGACGCUGUACUGAAUGUUACAUAUCUGCAACGUCCUGAUAGAUAGAAAAUAACGUGUCUGAUGUCUGUGUAUAACAUAGCGGAUUGAGUUGAGAGGAACUGUGUGGGCUCGUGCCCGUGCCCGUGCCCGGGACUUGAGAACAACUAAAGUGGUGCCAGACGCGUGUAGUUAAAGCGUUCACGAGCACCUACCCAGUCAGGCUUUUGUUACCUUAGUAACCAGUCCACGAGCACUUGCAACUUUUUCCUCUCCCUUAUCUCUGCAUGCUGCUGGCAGUGAGAGCUGAGGAGCACAUCAAGCCGUCCAUUGCAAGCCGUCUUCGGGGGUCCAACAUGAUGAAGCCUGAUUAGUCAUUUCUGACGUCUGCAGAGGCUUCCAGCGGCCGUGGGAAUCGCUGGAGCGGCAUUCAGGAUUAAAAGGACAUUGUUCUUUCCUGACGGGUAUAUAAAAGCCUGUCCACCUCCAGUCGUCUUUGCUGUGCGAUGCACUUUUAGCCAACUGCCAGCAUGCAUAAUUUUACAACAGUGGGAGAUGAACUCGGUGGUAGGAACUUAAGGGUACAGGAGGAGAUACCUGAUAUAGAAGCGCCAAAGACACCUCAUCCUUUCUUUGCCUCGCACUCUUUCCGGGGUGCCUUGAAAUGGCUCCUCAGCAGUCACAAAUUUCAGAUUCUCAUUGUAUGUCUAGUAGUAUUUGAUGCCCUGCUCGUUGUCAUUGAGAUUGUUCUGGAUCUGGAAGCAGUAGAGGAAAAAAUUCCUGAAAUUGUACCAGAGGUAUUUCACUACAUGAGUGUUUCUGUCCUGGCCUUCUUUAUAUUGGAAAUUUUAGUGAAACUCUACGCAUUCCGACUAGAAUUUUUCCACCACAAGUUUGAGGUGUUUGAUGCGGUUAUUGUCAUCAUCUCAUUUGUAAUCGAUGUUGUCUUUAUCGCUCGGCAUGAAGAGUUUAGUGCGGUGGGAUUGCUAAUUCUUCUUCGACUCUGGAGAGUAGUCAGAAUUAUAAAUGGUGUAAUUGUGUCUAUAAAGGCUAAAUCAGAAGAAAAAGUGGGGAAACUACAAGAAGACAGAGAGGCCCUACUUGCAAAGGUCAAUGAGUUGGAGCAUCAGUGUGCUGAGAAGGAGGAAGAAAUUGCCAGGCUUGAGAAAGUUUUAACAUACCAUAAGAUUGUUCCAGCUAAUGAAUGACGACAUUCUUCUGUAUCUACAUUUUGUUAACAUUUUUUCCAAAAUAUGUGAAAAUAUUUUUCUGGGACCAAAAGGUUGUGAAAUCUGUUAAUAGUGUGCACUUUUUUCACAACUGGCAUUAUGUAAAGAAAACAAUUACUUUGUUAUGCGUUAAUAUAAAUCAACUUUAUUUUUCUUUCAUUUUUACAAAGUAUACCAGUAAAUUUAUAAAUAAAUAUUUUUACACAUUUAUAAAACUUUUAAAAACAUGUCAGACAAAAAUAUUUUCCAGAACUGUAAAUUUUUAUAACUAGCAAAUUAUCACUGAAUAGCAUAGCACUCCAGAUUAUUACUUUAUCUGUUAUGGUUUCUUGUAAAUACACAAUUUUCUUUUUUUUAUUUCUUAUAGUAUGAUUAGGUGUACCAGCACAUAAAUAAUAUGCACAAGAAUCCAUUGAUAUGUUUAAAUAACAAAACCGUUAAGAUUUCUGAAUACUUGCCUGUAUUACCUUUUCUUUUGCAAUAAAAUAAUAAAAAGCAGUGCUAUGAAAUGUGCAAA